UCGGGAAUCCAAUAUUGACCCCCUUGGGAGGCACCGAGCUCCGUCGGCUCGUUUCCGGCGGUCGCGCGCUCUUUUCUCGGGACGGUGGAGGCCGUGCAGCGUCGCCGUUACUCUGAGCAAAGAACUGUGGGCAGAGGAAGUCGGGGUUAGGAUUGGGAGACAGACACUUUGCUGUGCUCAAAUCGAAGUCAAGGGUGCAAACAUGCAGAGCAAUAAAACCUUUAACUUGGAGAAGCAGAACCAUACUCCAAGGAAGCACCAUCAACAUCACCACCAGCAGCACCAUCAGCAGCAGCAGCAGCAGCAGCAGCAACAACCACCCCCACCAAUACCUGCAAAUGGACAGCAGGCCAGCAGCCAGAAUGAAGGUUUAACCAUUGACCUAAAGAACUUUAGGAAACCAGGAGAGAAGACUUUCACCCAACGAAGCCGUCUCUUUGUGGGCAAUCUUCCUCCUGACAUUACUGAGGAGGAAAUGAGGAAGCUUUUUGAGAAAUAUGGGAAAGCAGGCGAGGUUUUCAUUCAUAAGGAUAAAGGCUUUGGCUUUAUUCGCUUGGAAACACGAACCCUAGCGGAAAUUGCCAAAGUGGAGUUGGAUAAUAUGCCACUCCGUGGAAAGCAGCUACGUGUGCGCUUUGCCUGUCAUAGUGCAUCUCUUACAGUCCGCAACCUUCCUCAGUAUGUGUCCAACGAACUGCUGGAAGAAGCCUUUUCUGUGUUUGGCCAGGUGGAGAGGGCUGUGGUCAUUGUAGAUGACCGAGGAAGGCCCUCAGGGAAAGGCAUUGUUGAGUUCUCAGGGAAGCCAGCUGCUCGGAAAGCUCUGGACAGAUGCAGUGAAGGCUCCUUCUUGCUAACCACAUUUCCUCGGCCUGUGACUGUGGAACCUAUGGACCAGUUAGAUGAUGAGGAGGGACUUCCAGAUAAGCUGGUUAUAAAAAACCAGCAAUUUCACAAGGAGCGAGAACAGCCACCCAGAUUUGCACAGCCAGGGUCCUUUGAGUAUGAGUAUGCCAUGCGCUGGAAGGCACUCAUUGAGAUGGAGAAGCAACAGCAGGAUCAAGUGGACCGCAACAUCAAGGAGGCUCGUGAGAAGCUGGAGAUGGAGAUGGAGGCAGCACGCCAUGAGCACCAGGUUAUGCUAAUGAGGCAGGAUUUGAUGAGGCGUCAAGAAGAGCUUCGGAGAAUGGAGGAGCUGCAUAACCAAGAAGUUCAGAAACGAAAGCAGCUAGAGCUCAGGCAGGAGGAGGAACGCAGGCGCCGUGAGGAAGAAAUGCGGCGGCAACAAGAAGAAAUGAUGCGGCGACAGCAGGAAGGAUUCAAGGGAACCUUCCCUGAUGCGGUAUAUCUCCUAUGUGCCUAUGAUGUGCCAGGCCAGUUGUGAUAAGACAGAACUACCAUAAAAUAUCUGUUAGGAUACCAGCUUAUGACCAGUUUUUCUAUGCUAUAAAAUUCCUUUUAGGAGAAAAAAUAUGUUGAUAGGGAGGUGAGAUAAGGUUUGAAAAAGAGCUCUUGCUUUAUUGCAAAUUUAGGAUAAAAAGCCAGUACCACUGUUUAUGCCCAGUGACAAUAAGAGGUAAAUCAAGCCCUGUAGCAGAAUUUGGCUAGUUCACUGCCAUCCAUGUAGUUAGAUGGUUUGCAGCCCCAAGAAGAAAUUAGUACUUUCUUCCCCCGUUGCCUCUUUUU